AUGACUCACCGGGCUGGCGUUGGAGGCUACAAACACAAAUCAACACCACCUUAUACCAUCGGAAAGGAAGGUCGAACUCAGGCUUUCUCACCACCACCACUACCAUCAAACCCACAAGUUAAAGACUUAUCAAACACCGGGAAAAAACGCAAGGCAAGCCAAUCCAGCUCCGUCUCACCUCCUGGAAAUCCAUCAACUUCGAAGAAGCUGACCAAGGCAACCAACUAUCCAUCAAUUCCGGACACGAUUAUUACCACCGACAACAACAACCGCUCUCGUUCCGCUUCUGCGGACAGAUCCGAACAUGUCGAUUCUAAUGAUAACAGUGAUACGCUGUCUACUUCAUCUGUUUCUUCGGACACCGACGAGGUAAACAAAACACCACAUAAAAAUGACCCACAAUCCGUCAAUAAACGCUCAAUCCGCCCAUCUUCGUCCAAAUUUGCGCUUCAUAUCCAUGGCGGAAGAUAG